GAAAGAGUGUACUGCAGUUCCAGACUUGAACAGUUUUCACUGGCUCGCAGGGGCUCGCGGCCGGCGCGCCGCCGUUCCCCUACCCCAUGGAAGCCGCCAACCACUGUCUCCGCCCUCUGCAGUCUCCCACUCCUCCCCUUCCCGUCUCCCUCUCCCUCGUCGCGGCACCUGCUUCCCGCCACCUCCGUCGCGCGCGCGCUCCCUUUGCCUCAUGGCGCCCGCCACCACUGCCGCCGCCAUCUCCCCCUCCUCUCCCCAAGAAAGGCGUCUCCGGCACCAGCCACGAGGCCGCGGAGGAGGACGGACUGGUGGUGGAUGAAGACGCCGAGGCGGAGGAGCAGCUGGAGUUCGGGGAUGGGGAGUACGUAUCGAGCGUGGGCACCAGCUUCAGCCUUCCAGCACGGCUCCGCGCGGCCCGCGCGGCGCCGGGCGGUGACCCGGUGUUCUUCCUCCUGGCCACUGCCGCCGUCACGACCUGCGUGGCGUUCACGGGGAUGGUGGUCGUGGCGAUUCCGACGAUGCUGGCUAUGAGGAGAGCUGCGAAUUCAUUUUCUAUGCUGGCUGACGCAGCUCUAGAGCAGUUACCAAGUACCAUGGCCGCUGUAAGGCUCUCUGGCAUGGAAAUCAGUGAUCUCACCCUUGAACUUAGUGACUUGAGUCAUGAGAUAGCAGAUGGUGUCCACAAGUCUGCCAAGGUUGCUCAAGCAGUGGAGGCUGGCAUUGGACAGAUGCAGAACAUAGCUCGACAGCAGGCAAAAUCAAUGGUAGAAGAGCGAGCAAACUUGCGGACUAUCCCCACCGUUGGGCAAGGUAAGGAGUCCCAUAAAUCAUCUAGCCGGCAUCGCCAAUGACAUAACGGCCCAGAUUUCUGAUUGUAGCAGAUGUAUGGUUUUUUCUCUCUGUAGCCUUCCGUUAAAGUAUUUACCUGAAGUGAGGGAAUGGAUUUGGAUUGCCCAAUGUCCAGUUGUACUUUUUUCCUCCUUGGACUCCUUGGACUCUUAAGUCCAAAGUAAAUCUGGAUUUCAGUUCGCAGGUAGGCCAAACUUUGGACGAAUACAUGAUGCAGUCCAAAAUAAUUCUUUGUUAGCUUUAA